AUGAGUAUUGUGUCCUCAUUUCGGGUGAUAAUCGGUUGCCGACAGACAAAGAGGUCUCAAACACGAAGACAUCGUUUGCAUGAGGAGUACAAUUCCCUUCUGUCGGUUACUACCCACUCUCUGUGCUGUGCAGCGCUGAGAUGGAGACGUCAUCGCGACUUACGCACCGGUUCUUCAGACGCCGAGCAAAGAUGCCCACUCGUGUCCGCCGGCAAACCCGAUGACUCGUCGGAUCCGUUCGUGCCGUUGCGUCUUCUGGUGUGCGGGCACUCCAUGUGUGAGCUCUGCCUUUUGGACAUUUGCCGCCAACAGAGCAAAGAGUUCAUCAAAUGCCGCAUCUGUUCCCAAAUCACGACAAUCGGCGACGCCGUCCACCGCACUAUUGCUCAGCACGAGUUGGACAUUAAGAAGUGGACGGAUCCCACUGCCUCUGGAACCGCUGUCUUAAGGCUAGAAAUGAAAGACAUGUUGCCAUUGGAUUUGUAUCAAUUGGGUCUCGCAGUUGAUUGCGGCGCCAUUGCGGCCACGAAGGCGGCCGAGUGUGUGGACCUAGACUUGGAUGACGACACCAAUGCGGCGGCUGUGGGCGGCACUCAAACGCCGGCCAAUGAUCAGCGACUGUUCAAUAGUUUGCGCGAAGACAACACCACAAUGAAGACCAUAGAGUCAAAGAUCCCGGCGACGGCGCCGAAGCAGUUCCAGGACACUGUCCGUAACGGCAUAAAGUCGUUCAUCGAAUUGUCCACUAAUCAUAUGGCAAUCAAUCGGUCUACCGAUGAGACCAAAGAGUGGCUCCAGGAGUCCAAACAGAGCACUCGCGAGAUGUUUCAUCGGUUCCACUCUAUUCUUCAGUUCCGCGAGAAAGAGCUGUUGCGAGAGUUGGACGCACUCGCGGACGGCCGACAGGAGGAGCUUCGAGUCUUCAUGAAUGAGAUUCUGACCAAACGAUCGGAUCUAAAGGGGAAACUCUUGCAAUCCAUUCAAACCCAUACCGACAAAGAGAGGCAACAGUUGCGCAAACAGAUCGAUCUGUUGUCCGGAGACUCCAACUGUAUUCAAGUGAAUCCACCGAAGACUGACUUUAAGUUCAUCCACAACGAGAACAUCGAAGACGAGCUCAAGAAGUUCGGCAAAUUCGAGAGACAGAGACACACGUCGACAACGGGAGCGACUGCGGGGGCGGCGGUCACAGAGAACGGCACGAAUCAUAGGCCCGACAAUACGGUGACCCUAUCGGACGAUGAGGACGAGGCGCAGCCGGCAAUGGACGACCAGUCAGAGGACACUCUCAACAGAGAAGUGGUAAAUAUCCUUCAUAUCGAUAAUCCGCAUAAAUUCUAUGUGCAAAAAGUGUCGGACAAAGAGAGGUUUGACAUAAUGUGUCAACAAAUAGAUGCCAUCUGUAACUCGGCUUAUAAUCACGGGCCGGGCGUCGAUGGGAUGGCCACCGGGGAGUCGGUGUUCGCCUAUUCGCUGAUCAAGAAGUGUUGGUGCAGAGGAACCGUCACUUUCAUCGACCAAUCGGGUCGCGGCGAACGCCGAUUCGCCGCCAAUGUGCAGCUCAUUGACUACGGCGUGAGUGAAGUGAUUAAUUGGGAUCACAUACGCGAGAAGCGACCGGAACUGUUCGACCCCCGCAAGUAUCCCCCGUUCGCCAUAAAGUGCGCCCUCUAUAACGUUAAGCCAAAGUCUUCGUCGAGCGCUUCCCGUGAGUGGAGCGCCGCCGCGAAGAACCUCUUCAAACUCUACGUGACUAACAAUGCGGUCAUUUCGUUUGACUUCGAGACCCGCGACGGCUAUAAAUUUGUUGAUCUCAUCCAUUACGACGUGCCGGACGUCGUCUAUCAGAUCCCGUCCGUAAUCGAGGCGUUGGUACGCAACGAGUGCGCGGCUCUCACCGGACAGAUCGACUUCGGCUCCUAUUGUCGCCAUAAGAGUCAAUCGAAUCGCUAUAAGAGCGAAGAGUUGCCAAAACUGAUGAGCACAUCGUCGGUGUUGGUCUCGCACGUGGAAACGCCCGACCAUUUCUACGUUCAACUCCAGCGCCACCACAAAGUGCUGAUGGAUAUGCUCGAGAAGUUGAACGCCGCGUACAGCCGCCAGACCGACGGUAUCUACACGUACUACUGUCCCAAACCGGGCACUCCUUGUGCCGCUAUCUUCUCUGGCGAUAAGAAGUACUACAGGGCUGUCGUGAAGAGUCGCACGAAGACUUCGGGCACCGAAGCGGUCAUACAGUUUGUCGACUUUGGCAACGAAGAGACGGUUCGCAUUCGGGACUUAAGGCUCUUGAAAGACGACUUCUUCGAGAUGCCGAAGCAGGCGAUCAUCUGUGGACUCACUCACGUCGAGCCGGCCUUUGGUUUCAAAUGGAAAGAAGAUGGUAUCAAAGAUUUCAAGUUCUCGAUAUCCAACGAUAAGGGGCCGCAGAUACUGACGAUGACGGUGAAUGAGUUGCGACACACGGCCACCAAAGAGCCCAAACUGAUGGUUGUGCUGAGGAGUUACGACGGCGGCGAAUACGGUGUCAAAGUGAACGAACUGUUGGUGAAGAAGGGCGCCGCUCACAGCACUGGCCACCACUCCAUCUCCGAUGACGACAGGGCUCACAGCUCGCACGUGUCUACUGUUAGCGGCGGCGGUGAUAGUCGUAGUUCAUCGGCCGCAGCGACGGCAGCGGUGAUGGAUCUGCCGUACAAAGUGUCGGCUUUGAUUGUGACCAAAGAUCUAAUGGAACGCAAUCAACGGUCCAAUUCAGACAAACGGACGUCACUUAUCAAAGUACGGGUGACUCUCAUGGAAUCGCCCGCAGAGUUCUUCGUGCAGAUCACUAAAGCGGAAGUGAAGGACUAUUUUGAAAAACACUUUGAAAACGAGUUGUACUCCGAGUACGCGUCGGCGCGACAUCCGUAUGACCGCACCGUCGGCUACAACGCCGAAGACUUGUGCGCCUUUAAAGUGGCCAACGAUUGGCGUAGGGGUCAAGUGUUGGAUCUGUUGACUACAGAUAGCGCCUCGUCUCCCGAAGCGGUGCCCACCUAUAAGGUGCUGGCUAUGGAUUACGGCACUAAACAUACCGUUAAAAUGAAUGAAAUGCGCGAAUUGACGGACAAAUUCCGAAAAGACGGUCCGUUUGCUAUGAAAUGCAAACUCCACGGCAUAAGACCGGCCGGCGGUGACAACUGGACACAAACGGCGCGCGACGAGUGCCAGCAGUUUCUUAAACAAGAAGAUCUCAUGAUUCUAAUCAAAGACGACGACAUCGAGAACGAGCCGAUCGCUGUCCGACUGUACGCCAAAGUGACCACAAUUCCCGGCGCUUUCUCGCGCCAGAAGACUGUUUACGAUAGCCUUCACUCGGCGCUCGUCAACAAGGGUUUGGCGUUUAAUGGAUCCACUGUUUCGGAUAACAGCCACGAGAACAUCGAUGACGACCAAGAGAUCAAUAACGAAGAUAUUAAGGGCGACCGCCAGGAAAUGCCAUUAACACUGUUUCCGAUGGGCGGGUCGGCGUUGGAAGCGUUGUCUCUCCGCUAUCAGCCGUCGGAUCUGAUCCAAGAUUUUAAGUACAAGGAGCCAACGCUGCCGACCCAAAAGAACUUCUUCGGGUGGGGCACAGAGUUUGUGGUGAACAAAGACUUUGACAUAUCGUUCCGCAUAUUUCAUAACGACUGCGACCCGCAGCCGACCACUGCUCUCGAGUGUCAGAUAAUGGAUACGCUGCGAGAGAAGGGAGCGUUGGCUCCGUUCGUCGGUUCCUUAAGCAAAGGCAACGCCUGCACCGCGUAUUUCAAUUUCGACCGCACGUGGAAUCGGGCGGAGAUUGUGGGCUUCGGUACGGCUCCGGACGGCCAGAGACUGCCGACCGUUAGAUACGUUGAUUACGGCAAUCAGGAGUCGCUUCUCGUUGAAAAUCUGAGCUCAGAUGUGUUCGGCAGAAAUGUGCCCAAACAGGCCAUCAAGUGUCACAUCAUUAACAUUAAGCCCCGCAGCGAAGAGGCCGACAAACAGAUCCGCAAUAUUAUCUAUAAGCAAGUGUUGGACAACAAGUGCCGCUAUUUUUGGGAAAAUUACCCGCAAACGCCUAUGAAAGUGAGUAUUGAUAUACCGAUAGACAACACAUACGUCUCGCUAUUAGCAUAUUUAGAGAGUGAGGGACUUCUGGCCACCGAUCGGAACGAAGAGAGCGAAGCGGUGGACGAGUACCUCAACAUUGAAGGCAUUAUUGAGCGGACGUACGGCUUAUAUCCGAAAGUGUUUGACGCGAACCGCUUUUACGAAGUGGUGAUUGCCUUCUCGUUGACCACGAAAUACGCCUUUUUCAACAUUCCUGAAGUUCAACGACCGCAGGACAGGGAUCGGGUCAUUAACGACGAGCACAAGUCCUUCCUCUCCGGACUGGAUGUGAUGCGCAAUAAUAUCGAUACAUUCGCACCACUCAAUAGUCCUGCCGAGGGCACUCCAUGUGUGGCCUGUAGUGCCGAAGAUAAUAACUGGUAUCGGGCGCUCAUCAUCUGUGUUAAGCACACCGAACGUAAAGCUCACGUGAUUUACGUGGACUACGGCAACACGGAAUGGAUCAAUUUCAAAGAUCUUCGAGCGAUUCCACGAAGUCAUUUGAAACCGAAAGCGCACUCAAUACUAUGCGAAUUGUUUAACAUAAAGCCGGCCAACAAUCAGCUCUGGUCUCGGAGUGAGGCUUUAUCGACAGAAAUGGCCACCUAUUUGGCCAAUUUGCCCGAAGUCCCGCCUAUUUUGGCCAAAUUUAAGAGCACUACUUCUCCAUUCAAAGUGGAUCUAUACCUGGCCUUAAAGAAUGAUCGCUCAAAGCCUGAACGACAUGUGUUCCAGGAGUUUGUAGACAGAGGUGUACUCGAGUACUGCGACCCCCGAGACGUCUGGAAGCCGCCCAUUGAGGCCACACAAAGCUAUCGAGCGGUUCGAGUGAAGAGCGAACCCACGAAUUAGCCAUCGGUUCCGCAAUUUAGUCCUAUUGUGAUUCUCAAUUGACUUUUCAUAUUAUUUGAUACAACUUUUUAUGCGU